UUGUUUUGCAAAAUGUAACUCCCAAACUCUUACUAAACUUUAGUUAUGAAGUUCAUAUAAUUCCAAGGUUUCAACAAAAAAAUUCUCUAAUGUUUUGACCCAAAUGUAACCUUCAGGUGUCAGAUAUCUUGUCUGAUUUUGUACAAUCUGUUUAAAAACAAGAGGCUGACCUUGGACGGAUGAUGGAGGGGUAUGGUUAUGAGCACUUUGGAGCAGAAGGAGCGAGGGAGAGCCAGCAGGUGGAUUAUAGGAGAAUUGUGGGGGACACUCAGCCUACGCAUACCAAUGUUGGAUCCCGAGAAGGUGAGCAGUAUGUCCGGCAAACCUCACAUGGCCAUGGACAUGAAACUGCAGCCCAGCGAUACAGCGCCACGCGCAUCCAGGCCGGUUUUGGCCCAGAGAGCAUGGCGGAUUACUUAAUCAGCGGUGGUACUGGCUAUGUACCUGAAGAUGGACUCUCGGCUCAGCAGCUCUUCUCAAUUGGAGAUGGCCUUACAUACAACAGAUCUGACCAACAGUGCGUUGUCUCCGAUGGUCAUACGGCUGAAGAGCUAUGCUCUAAAGGAGAUGGGUUGACUUACAAUGACUUCCUGAUUCUACCUGGCUUCAUUGACUUUACAUCAGACGAAGUGGACCUGACAUCAGCACUGACCAGGAAGAUCACACUGAAGACCCCUCUCAUCUCCUCCCCCAUGGACACCGUCACAGAGUCAGCCAUGGCAAUCGCUAUGGCGCUAAUGGGAGGGAUUGGCAUCAUUCACCACAACUGCACACCAGAAUUCCAAGCCAAUGAGGUCCGCAAGGUUAAGAGGUUUGAGCAGGGUUUUAUCACAGACCCAGUUGUGAUGAGUCCGCGCCACACGGUUGGGGAUGUGUUUGAGGCCAAAGUAAGACAUGGCUUCUCUGGUAUUCCUGUCACAGAGACAGGCAAAAUGGGCAGCAAACUGGUGGGCAUCGUCACCUCCAGAGAUAUUGACUUCCUUUCUGAGAAAGACCAUGGCAAACCUCUGGAGGAGACUAUGACUAAGAGGGAGGAGUUGGUUGUGGCUCCAGCUGGCGUUACACUGAAAGAAGCCAAUGAUAUUCUGCAGCGCAGUAAAAAAGGCAAGCUUCCCAUUGUAAAUGAUAACGACGAGCUGGUGGCCAUUAUUGCCCGGACGGAUCUGAAGAAGAACAGGGACUACCCCCUGGCCUCCAAAGACUCACGCAAACAGCUGCUGUGCGGCGCCGCCAUCGGCACCAGGGAGGAUGACAAAUACAGACUGGACCUGUUAGUGCAGGCUGGAGUGGAUGUUGUUGUGCUGGACUCCUCACAAGGCAACUCGGUGUAUCAAAUCAACAUGAUAAAUUAUAUUAAACAGAAGUAUCCAGACUUGCAAGUGGUGGGAGGAAAUGUGGUUACAGCAGCCCAGGCCAAGAAUCUGAUCGAUGCUGGUGUGGAUGCUCUAAGAGUCGGGAUGGGCUGUGGCUCCAUCUGCAUCACGCAGGAAGUCAUGGCAUGUGGGCGGCCCCAGGGGACCUCAGUGUACAAGGUAGCAGAGUACGCCAGGCGUUUCGGUGUGCCAGUCAUCGCAGAUGGCGGCAUUCAGACUGUGGGCCACGUGGUGAAGGCUCUGUCACUCGGAGCAUCGACUGUUAUGAUGGGCUCGUUGCUAGCAGCAACCACUGAGGCUCCAGGAGAGUACUUCUUCUCAGACGGUGUGCGGCUGAAAAAGUACCGUGGUAUGGGCUCCCUGGAUGCCAUGGAGAAAAGCACCAGCAGCCAGAAACGUUAUUUUAGUGAGGGCGACAAAGUGAAGGUAGCUCAGGGUGUGUCGGGCUCGGUCCAGGACAAGGGGUCCAUCCACAAGUUUGUACCAUACCUGAUAGCCGGUAUCCAACAUGGCUGCCAGGACAUCGGGGCAAAGAGUCUGUCUGUCCUCCGUUCCAUGAUGUACUCUGGAGAGCUAAAGUUUGAGAAGCGCACCAUGUCUGCACAGGUGGAGGGAGGCGUUCACGGACUCCACUCUUAUGAGAAGCGGCUUUACUGAACUGGGGGCGGGAGUGGAGCACACAUCAGCGGCGCACGUGACACACCCAAUCUAACAGUGACCAAAUGUUGAAACCGCCACUUAUGCUAAAAUGCGUACCACCUACUACACCCCUCUCUGCCCUCCCCCCCCAUGCGUAAGUAUCCACCGUUGCUCUGUCUGAUCCCAACCAGCGGCUUGGGGGAGGAAAGAGGCACCGUAGCGAAGUGAGAAUCUUCGAACUGACACCGACCCUCUGAACACCUGGGAUUUUGCACUCAAGAAGCGGCGCAUCAGGGUUUUCGGAAUGACAUACACACCUGUAUCUUGAGUAUGCAGCCUGAUCCCAAUUUUGUGUGUGUGUGUGUAUGUUGAUAGCAGCGAGAGAAUGUGAAUGACUGUGUGUGUGUGUACGUGCGUGGUGUGUGUGUGUGUGUGUGAUGGUUUAAAAUGUGUGUACUGAACGUUGGGACGUAAGUGAAGGUGCGCUGUGUUUUUUGUCCUCUUAUUAUUAGUGAGUCUAAAAUGACCAUGGUGCAGAUCCCAUCAGCAUCUUUUUUGGCUUUUUUUUUUAUUUUUUUUUUUUAUUUUUGGGGGAUCCACGCUUACCAGCAAACUCCCUGUCGGAAGCCUCACACAUCCCAGUUUUUAAACACACUAGUGCGUGUGCAGAAAACAAGAUUAAACACUUGUCUCUCUAUGUGCAGUGUGUCGGUGUAUCAUGGCAAACUUAUCCGUUAUAUUUUGUGCAUUUUUAAGACCUCACAGGUAUAAGCUACUUAAUAAAAGGUAGCUGCUUAUAUUUAAGCGCUUACUGUUUACUUGUGUAUUGUGGAUCCUAAUGUACGAGAUAUUGCCCAAGACAGUAAUCCUGUUGACAUCACCUGAAAUCGGUAGACAGAAGUCAGACCCACAGUCUCUGCCACUGUGGACAUUCAUUUUCCCCCUCAAAGACAUCUCGAGCCAAAUAAUCAGUGUCCCAUCUCAGUGUUCAUAUGUUGAGCAUGGAAGUGACCAAAAGCUAAAGAUCAAUCAGGUAUAUUAAAAAGAAAAAAAAAAAGCUAAAAUCAAUGUAUCAAUCAAAAAAUAGUUCAUGAGGAGAAUGAUAAUUUCUCUGCCCUUUUAGAUUAAACAACCUUUAUAUUAAACCUGUAUAGACUUGGGGGAUUUGAAUUGAGUAUGAAGGGUUUUUGAUAUGCAUGUUUGUUUUUUCACUAAGCCAAACAUGGCUGUAUUUAUAUUCUGCUUUGUUGUAAAUGCAUACAUACUGCCAAGUGUAUUUACACUUCUUCUGACACUCUUCUUUUGUAACUUCAAAACCAAAAUGGGCGCAACAAGUUGCUUGGUACCUUAGUCACUUGUUCAGUCCUGCGCUCUCACUGUGUUGCAUAGGUUCUGUGUGACAGGUUUAUUUUAUUUCUGACUUAAUGUUUAUUUUUACCAGAGAUAUGCCUUGAAACAGGGAUGGAUAAAGGCUGCAGAUGACAGCUCAGUGAAAAUGCAUUGUAAUGCAUAACCGCUACACACACUCGCCUCCUUUUUUUUACUUUGAAACAGUUAUUGUUGUUUUUGUUAUCAUUCAGCUUAUAUAGGAGUAGGCUUUUCUAACAUUUCAUAAUGGAUGUUCUUUUUGCCAGAUGGGGUUUUUUUUGUUUUUUUGUUUUUUUUGUUUUUUAAAUAAAAUGUCCCAGAUUGUAAGAGUUGAGUUGCUUUCUCUAAUGUGCUAAUGUACUUUACCCUCCACAGGGUUCACUUGACUAACAGUCUUGCAGUUGGAAUGAAUUGCAAGAAAAUGUACAUGGAAAUAUAUGGAGAAAUAUAUACCUAGAUUCAGUUAAAUGACUGCUGCUUGUUUUCAGUCUCCCACCUUAAAGACAUAAUUCAGGUUCUUAAAAUGUCUUACUUGUCAAGUACUGAGUCCUGUUAGUCCAUCUAAAAAGCACAAAUAGACUGAGAUGUUAGGUUUACAGUUUGUUUUUUUUGUUUUUUAGCGCUGUACUUUUUUUUAUCAUUUAAACAUCAGUAUAUUGAGAAGCAUAUACAGUUGCCAUACUGGUAGCCUCUGCAAUCAACAACCAAAACAGUAACUCGGAGCUUUUUAGAUGGACGGAAAAGAACUCGGUAGUAAAUAAAUCCAUCAGUUUUUGAGGAAUAUCAAUUCAGAACAUGUUUACAGUAAAACAGUUUCUUUUGCUGUUCAAUAUGGUAAAGAAGAAUAAACAAAUCAAACUGUG